AUGGAUGUGGAGUGUCCCAUCUGCUACCAAGAGUACAACCAGUACAAUAAAUGCCCCAGGAUGCUGGAGUGCCUCCAUGUUUUCUGCACUGAGUGCCUGCAGAGGAUCCAGCUCUGCCCCUCUGACCCGGCUGACCCCCACAGCCCACCCGCAAUCCCUUGUCCACUCUGCCGCCACCUCACCCCUCUGGAGGCCGGCGACGCCCUCUCUUUACCCUGCAACUCCUGCAUCCUGGCCAGGCUGCCCCCCAUGGCCUUCCGCAUGCCUGUGUCCAUGGCAACCCGCCUUGCAACCGUCACCCAGAGAGUGGUGUUGUCCCUAGAGGGGGACAACAGGGACACCCGCUUCAUCAUCCUGCCCACCGUCAGCCUGCAGGUUCAGCAGAUGCACCCAGACAGGCUGUACGGCGCAGCGCCAGGCCUGAUGGGAGAAGAGGAAGUCAUACAGCAGAGCAAGAAGACGCUCUUCUGUGUGCAGCUGCUAGCUGUCACCUUCUGGGUGCUGUUUGUGAUCACGUGUGUGGUCGGGGUGGUGUUUGGCCCUCAUUUCUUAAACAGAAAACUCUAA